AUGGCGGAAGCAACGCAGCUCGAUGCUUUCUUAGCGGUCAUGACGCAAUAUUCGCCUACUGUCCCGGACGAGCUGGUUGAAUUCUACCUGCAGCAAACUGGAUUUGCAACGAACGACGUGCGCAUCACGCGGCUGAUCUCAUUAGUAGCACACAAGUUCCUGCUGGACGUGACGCACGAUGCAAUGCAGUACCAACGUAUCCGGUCACAAGCUACGUCAUCCACGACCACAGGCACGUUAUUAACAGCCGUGCAGCCAUCUGAUGGUAUUUCACCCAAUGCCAGUCGUGCAGUCCUAACAAUGGAAGACCUUGCAGCGAGUUUAAAGGAAUAUGGAGUGAAUAUCUGCAGACCUGAGUAUGUAAGUGACGUGGUAGAAAAACCCACAAACUAA